CCCGUCAUCCCGCUGCAGGCUGGUUUCCAUGGUAACCCAGCUCCCGCCGCCGGCCGCGCGCCGCAGUGAGACGAAGGAGAGACAUGAGUCACCGACAUCAGCGAGACAGCGACCGACCACCGACAUCCCGACCACCGACAUCCCGACCACCGACAUCCUUACAACCGUCAUCCCGACAAUCGCCGUCCCGACAACCGACCGACCAGACACGGCGCUCCCCUUGUCCGUUAGCAUGUUAGCAUGUUAGCAUGUUAGCUUCCCGCUACUGUCAGCCACAGGAGGCGCGAGACGGCGACGGACUGUUAAUGAGGCUGGAGGCGAUGCACGAGCUGCACAGGCUGCAGAUCAACAUGUUGCUGUUCAAUGAUCAAGAUGUUGCUUCAACCUGACCGACAACAUCCAGGCCACAAGCAACUGAAUCUACGGAAACACCUACAGCAACUACAACAUGUACGACAUGUAAAGCAACUCGACAACCUAUUUUCCUAUGUUGAAUAACAAGAGACCGCAGCAACUACACCUACAACUCCUCAACUUGCAGCAACUAAUGAACAGUUACCAGACGACGUUAAUCAUCUGUGUUGCUUCAACCAGAGAGAAACGUUCAGCAGAUUAAAAACCAGCAACGUACCGAGCAACAGCAUCUACAACCCCGAGCAACCAUCACCUUCACAAGCAGGUGAAGACGACAGCCAACAGAAUGAGCCAGCUGAAGGAGGCGGAGCCUUGCCGGGAGCUGGAGGGGAAGGUGCAGACCUGGGCUCAGUCACUGGUUUACACUUUGGAGGAGCUCGAGUGUAAAAUCUGUUACAACCGUUACGACACUCGCAGCAGGAAACCGAAGCUUCUGGGAUGUUUGCAUCGCGUCUGCGCCAAGUGUCUGAAGAAGAUGGUCGACAUGGGAGAGUCGUCCCCCUCUGUCAUCAGCUGUCCAUUCUGUCGCCAUGAGACGCACGUCCCCGAUGAAGAGGUGUGGUUGAUGGAGGACGACCGACACAUUCUGGCGGUGUUGUCGUGUCAGGACCGAGCUCGGCGUGGCGGAGGAGGGGGGGGGGUGGUGUUGAGUCCUUCUUGUCUCGCCGCAGGGGGCAGCGUGGAGGCGUCGCACCGCUCCUCAGACUGUCUGGUCAUCACCAUCAUGGAACUUCCCGAAUCGUCUCCUUCGUCGGACUCACUGAGCACGCUCAACGUGGUGGGUGUGUACCGCCCCCCCAGCAUCGACUCGCUGCCCUGUCACCUGCCCCCCCACAAGUGUCACAACUGGACAUCCCGCAGCAUCCCUCGCUGCCUUCUGGGGGCGCUUUGUCUGGUGUUCUUCAGCUCGCUGCCUCUGGGGAUUUACCUGCUUAUGAUUGGUCAGCUGUGGUUGGGCGUCGUCCUCGUCAGUUUGGUCCCGUCGACGCUGCUCCUCCUCGUCAUCUACGGCUUCUGUCAGUGUCUCUGCCACGAGGUGAUGGAGGCGCUCGCCACACGCACACACACGCUGCCAUGACUACACCAGCCAUGAAGACAACACAUGCCGCCAAGACCAUGACAACACAACAUGCUGCCAUGACGAUGCAAGAACAAUUACAUUGCACAGUAACAAUGUUGCCAUAGCAACAACAACAUGACCACUGUCACAUGAUCACCGGUUGACCCACACCCCAUCUAAAAACCAGCAUUACUACAGCCAAUCACAAAAGGGAGGCGGAGUCUGAAGUUUUUUCUCUCCGUGGCCUCCUGCUGGAGGAACUGAGAACAGCCGAUUACGACUGAAUUAUGAAUCAUCCUCCAAGUGUCGGACUGAACUAAUCAAUCAUGAACUGAUCAAUAUCUGAGAUCAGAACUGAAACAUCCAAGGCUGUUAGCUUAGCUUAGCUCAAAGACUGUAAGCAUGGUAAACUGUUAGCCUAGCUUAGCACAAAGACUGUAAGCAUGGGGAACUGUUAGCCUAGCUUAGCAAAAAGACUGGAAGCAAAUGAAACAGGUUACCUAGCUUAGCAGGAAGAUCAAAAGCAGGGGGAAACUGUUAACCUUGAGCUGUUUGUGCUAAGCUAGGCUACCACUCCUGGAUUAGACUCUGGAGAGUUGGAUUUCCUUUACGGUUUUUGUCUCUAUAAAGUGCCAUCAUUUGA